GCAGGUCUGUCUUUAAUGUUUCUGAGAAGCCGUCAAAAUUCAAAGUAAAAAGAAAAACUGGUUCAGGGCAUUCUUAGUGGGUAAAUGGUACAUUGUAAAAAUUACAGUCUUACAGAAUGGAUUGAAAUACCAACAGUACUCAUACACACAUCCGCUCUAUUAGUUCAAGCUACGAAGUCAACUACACUUGCAUUUCUUUCGGCUAUUGCAUAGGAAAUAGUUCAUAAAGGAAGACCAUAAGAUUUACGCAUGUUUGAAAAGCAUUAAUUGCGAUAUCAGUCAUAGAGAAUAAGCAGCGAAAGUUUUCUCUGCAACGACCAGUAUAUAAACGAGACGCCUGUUGGAUAUUUACCAUAUCACAUCUGUUUUUCAACACACACGUCAAAAUGAAGUCCAAGUUUCUUUUUUUCGCCUUCCUGGCUACUGUUUUGGCAGAGGAAGAGAAGAAAGGGGUGGACAAGAAAGAGGUCAAGAAGACAGAGAAAAGAGGGUUGCUCCUGGGAGACCAUCACGGAUUUGGAGGAGAAGAUGAACUGUUCUCUGGAGGAUUAGGUUCACACGAUAUCGCAUUAGGAGGUCACGACUUUGGUGGUCACGAUUUUGGAGGCGGUCACGGUUUCGAUCUUGGGGGUGGUUUGGGAGGAGGUGACCAUAUAGAAGAACAUAAUGUGAAAGCAAUAACCAUCGAAAAGAAAGUACCUUACCCAGUUGCACACCCUGUUCCCUACGAAGUGAAGAAGCCUUACCCUGUUCACUAUCCCGUCAAAGUUCCAGUGGAGAUACCAAAAGCUUACCCCGUUGAGAAGCCAGUGCCUUAUCCCGUGGAAGUUAAGAAAUUCUAUCCAGUAUCUGUUGAUAAGCCAGUACCUUAUCCCAUCAAGGUUCCCGUAAAGGUACCGUUCAAAGUGCCCUUCGCAGUAGAAGUACCCAAGCCAUAUCCGGUAACAGUGAACAAGCACGUUCCCUACCCAGUUAAAGUACCAAUUAUUGUCGAAAAGAAAUACCCAGUGUAUUUAAAAGAUGAACACCAUGGCUUAGAACACCAUAGUUUUGGCCAUCAUUAUAUAAACACUCCAAUCCCCAAGCAAAACAUAACAGUCGUUGUUCGUUUCACUAAUCGGUCCAAAAUGAAAAUAAAGGUGGUGCUCUUCGUAUCCUGUUUAGUUCUCGUUUCUGCUGACAAAGCGGAAGAGAAGAAACCAGUGGAAGAGGUAAAAGAUCAAAAGGCAGUCGAAACCUCAGAUGGGGACAGCAAAAAACAAGAUAAACGAGGUCUCUUUGGUCUUGGAUACGGAGGCGGUUUUGAAUCUCAUGGUAUCGGGGGUGGAUUUGGAGGUGGAUUUGGAGGAGGAUUUGGAGGUGGUGAUCAUGGUCAUAUCAAGACCAUAACCAUCACUAAAGAAACACCUUAUCCAGUACCUCAUCCAGUACCUGUACCUGUUGAGAAGAAGGUUCCAGUACUAGUUCCUGUUAAGGUUGCAGUACCAGUUGAAAAACCUUAUCCAGUAUUAGUGCCAAAACCAUAUCCAGUACCCGUAGAAAAACAUAUUCCAUAUCCAGUCGAAAAGCAUGUGCCCUAUCCAGUUAAAGUACCUGUCAAGAUCCCCUUCCCUAUCAAAGUACCCAUUCAUGUGCCCAAACCAAUUCCCUAUCCAGUUCACAAGGAAAUUCCUGUCCCAGUAAAAGUACCGGUACUUAUUGAAAAGAAAGUACCAAUUCUUAUUAAGGAACACCACGGUGGACUGGAAGGUGGAUUUGGUGGAUUUGGUGGACACAGUUUUGGUGGACAUAGUUUUGGACAUCACUUCUAAACACGACUGUUACCUUUCUGUAAAUACUGUUUAUUAGUUUCAUACAUAUUACACUAGCUACUUUUAUCUGUGUUAAUUAUUUAUACUUUUUAUAAUUUUUCUAUCUCAG